AUGUUUGGUGAUGGUACCCAAUACAAGCUGGAAAAUACCGUCAAGAGAGCAGUCACCCAUUACAAAUUAAUCGGUGCCAAUUACCACAAGCUUAACUUCACAAUCGCUAAUUCUAUCUCCCAAGGAGUCUCUGUCGAUUGCUCUGCAAUAACACUUAAAUUUAAAUCUGAUUGGAAUCCAAAUCCUUCCAACUACGUGCCACCACUUUAUACUGUUGUUCAUCAACACACAACUACUUCUAAAUCUAUAAACAAUAAUAAUAACGAUAAUAAUAUUUUAUUGGCUAUUUCUCACGGCCUGUGUGAGAAUAACACUCUAUCUAUAACUUAUACUGUUAUACAUCAGGUUAAUAUAAAAACCUGA